AUGGAAGAAGGUGAAAGUUUACAAGAUCAUGGGAAUGAUACACAAGAAGAAAUUUUGUCAAAAUCAGAAGACAAAGUUACUACAGAAAUUUCUAAUGUGUCAGAAGAAGGUGUGGAAGCUAUUGCUGAAAAUGACAACCUAGAAAAUAAAAUAACAGCAAGAGAUGCUGAUCCUGAAAUAGUUGAAUCAAACAGACCAACUCAAGAAGCUGAAGACACUAGUGAAAGAUCAUGUGAUUCAAGAGGUGACGUUGUUGAAAGACAAAUCAGUUUAUCAUCCAGUGGUAACCAGUCACCACAGGAAACCAGAUCAGAAACACAGGAUCUUGAAACUUCAGCUGUGACAGAUAGUGACCUUGUUAAAUUAGGAGAAACAGAACAGAAUUUAGAAACACAGAAUUAUGAAAACCUUGAUAGUGACCUUGUUCAAUCAGAUAAAAUCGAGCAGAAUUUGGAAACCCAAAAUAAUGAAAAUAGCCCAACAGUUGAUGAGGUUGACCAUGGCAGCAUUCAGUUUGAUGAAAACAUACAAGAUUCAUCUGAGGUUCAAAUUAGUGCUGAAGACAUAGAAACUGUAGAUCCCUCAAACAAUCUAGAGCAGAACCAUAAUGAAAAUGAGACUAAAAAUGAAGAUGUUAUUUUACCAGCUAAUGAAAGAAGUGACAAUGUGGAGACUAAUGAAUUAAAAGAUGAAGAUUUAGGAGUAUAUAUGGAUGAUGACAUGGAUUCAAAUAUCUCCGAAGAAAACUCUAAAAGACCUUUAAGCUCUAUUAGAGGAAGACCUGUGUCUGCUAAAAUUCAGAGUAGAACUUCUUCUAAGAGACCAGAGUCGAGAAUUCAGUUUAAAGAACCAGAGAGAACAGAAAUAGAAGAUGUUGAGAAUAUUGCUGACCAGAGGGUUAAAGUUAACACUCCUGUUAGUCAUGCUGCAGAUUUAGACAACAGACGUUUAGAAUCAAGAGAAGCAACAUAUGAACAAGCUAUGAACUUAUUAUCUAAGAGAUGUACUAGUUCACAGCAUGAUAUAAAUAACCAAUAUUCACCAGAAUAUUUCUACAUCCAUCAAACUAAACCUACACCCAUGCCUCCUUUAAAGGCAUGGAGAGGUUACCAUGGUAAUGUAUACUUUGAACCAAUCACAAUCAAUAGUUUACAAAACCAACCUGUGUCCCCAACUUCACCAGUGGAAAGAUGCCAGAAUAAAAAUCAUCAAUUACUGGUGUCCAGAAGUCGAAUGGCAUCACGCAAUAGUUUGAAAAGCAGACUAUCUAAUAAAAGUAUUGUUAAAAGUCGUCCAGUCACACAACAGGUGGUUAUCUUGGACAAAAACACUGUUUUGAAUAGACUGGAUGAGAUUUCACCACAAGAAUUGGCGUGGUUGAAUGGUCAAGACUCUACAGGGAGUUUAUCAUUACGACCUCAGACUGUUGGCAGUGUACGUAGACCAGCUUCAUCAAGAUAUGACAGAAUCUGUAAAGGCUCUGUAUCAGGGAAGCUGAGACAAUCAGCUCUUUUAAGAAAUGAACCGCCAAAAAUAAAUGUUAAUGGAGAUAGAUUUGUCCAUCCAAGUGCCUUAUCACCAUUGCUCAGAUCAACAACACAGUAUUCAUUAAGUAAUCAACGAACAUUAAACAGCAGUCCUGACCUCUAUCACAGUCACCAUGGUAACUUUGAUCAUCUACCUCCAAUGGAACAAGUUCGUGUUAGUCUGCGUCAUGUUGAUAAUUCAUUAGACAAUUAUGGGAGAACAUCGCCAUAUAUAAGAGCAAGGAAAUAUACUGAUGAACUGAAGCCAUUCAUUAAAUACAGCCCAGAGAUCAAGGCCAAAUAUAGUAGAAAAUUAAAUGGUGUUUUAUAA